UCUCGCGAGAGGCGCGAGGUGAGUUUCUCGGGGAAAUCGGGCUCCGGAGGUUAGACUUGAGAUGAUCUAUCCAGUAAUUUAAAGAAAAGCAGAAAGUCAAGAUUGCCAUGGGUUUAUCUGCAUCCUCUCCAUUAACUACAAUUCAGACAACUGUAUCAGAGCAGCCUCAAAGUGAAGUCUCACAAUGUCCCAUGCAUCAGAAGAACACGGAAGCCUGUCCAGCAAAAUCUGAUGACAGUUCCAGUGAGAAGCAGAACCCACCUGUUCCUACACAUCAAGAAAGAGCAUAUGAAUAUGUACAAUGCCCUGUUAAAUCUAAUACAGAAGAAAAGAUUGAUCCUAGGAAUAUGAUGCCACCUCCUAAUCAACAACCAUCCCUUGGGCAACCUUUUUCAUUAUCUACAGUAAGAGAAGAGUCAACUAUUCCUAGAGCUUAUUCAGAAAAAAAAUGGGUUUAUCCCUCAGAACAGAUGUUUUGGAAUGCAAUGCUUAGGAAAGGCUGGAGGUGGAAAGAUGAUGACAUGUCCCCAGAAGAUAUGUCUAAUAUUAUCAAAAUUCAUAAUCGGAACAACGAACAGACUUGGAAAGAAAUUUUAAAAUGGGAAUUACUUCAUCUUAGGGACUGUCCAUGUGGGCCAACACUUGUUCAAUUUGGAGGUAAAGCUAAGGAAUAUUCUCCAAGAGCUAGAAUACGAUCCUGGAUGGGCUAUGAACUGCCUUUUGACAGACACGAUUGGAUUGUUGACCGCUGUGGAACACAAGUCCGAUAUGUCAUUGAUUAUUACGAUGGAGGAAAAGUAGAUAACAACUAUCAGUUUACCAUUUUGGAUGUUCGUCCUGCUUUUGAUUCCUUGACUGCUGUGUGGGACAGGAUGAAGGUGGCUUGGUGGCGUUGGACGUCAUAAUUGAUUUUACAUGGUGUGAACAGGACUAUAUUACUUCAAUCUAGUAAACUUUAAUAAAGUUUAUGUUACCAAUGCUA